AAUGGCCCUGUUAGUAUUGAAAUUUGCUCUAAACACAAAGAUGAUUGUCAUUCAGAUGGAAGGAAGUAUUCUGAGACAUCUAAUGAUAUGGACGUUUUGCAGGAAGCUUGUGCAAAGCUUAAGUCUUCUUUUAUAAUGAAAUUUGGAAUGAUCGAUGGCAUAGCAAUAGAGGGAACGCAGACGCCUCUAGAGGAGGUCUACACAGAGCUUUACAUCACUGAAGGAGAAAGUGAUUCAAUCAACACUGAACAUGAAAUAUGGCAAAUUGAAAGAGCGUCUCGAGCGCACACUUCACUGGAUACUUCGAUCACCUGUGAUAAUAUCCUGACACCCUCAGAAAAGAGUCUAAAGAAGAAAAGCAGGGUCGUCCUAACCAAAGGUAUCGCAGGUAUUGGAAAAUCUGUUUCGGUCCAGAAGUUCAUCCUCAACUGGGCACAGUGCAAAGCCAACCAGGGUGUUGACCUUGUGUUCUACAUGCCUUUCAGAGAGCUUAAUUUGUAUCAAGGUCAGUGGAGUCUUCAUAAGCUUCUUUUGAACUUUCAUCCUGAGCUAGAGGAAAUAAAAGCUCCCCCUAACAUGAUUUUGAGCAGCAACGUUGUGCUGAUAUUGGACGGUUUGGAUGAGAGCAGAUUGCCUUUAGCUUUUGAAAGCAACCAGUUGUUUUCAGAUGUGACAAAGGAGAUGUCGCUUGAUGUUCUGAUAACAAACAUCUUAAAGGGAAACCUACUGAAUUCAGCCCAGAUCUGGGUGACUUCAAGACCAGAGGCGUCCCUCAAAAUCUCCAGAUACACUGAUCACGUAACGGAAAUCAGAGGCUUCACUGAUCAACAGAAGGUGGAGUACUUCAGGAAGCAGAUUAAGGAUAAAACUCUGGCCAGUGCAAUCAUCUCACACAUUAAAGUCUCAAGGAGCCUUCAUAUUAUGUGUCACAUACCGGUGUUCUGCUUAAUCCUGGCAUCUGUGCUCCAGUCUCUACCAGCUGAAGAGGAAGACACAGUACCGAAAACUUUGACCGAAAUGUACAUACACUUCUUGAUCAUUCAGGCACGCCUGGAUAGCAACAAACGUGGAGAAACCCUUGAAAUGGACCCUGUACUGAUUUUAGAAUCAAAUAAACCCCUAAUCCUGAAGCUUGCUGAGCUGGCUUUUGAGGAACUGAUGAAAGGCAACUUGAUCUUCUCAGAGAAAGAGCUGAGGGACUUCAGUAGUGAUCUUAGCAAAGUCUUGAUGAGCACCGGAUUGUGCACUGCCAUUUUCAAAAGAAGACGUGGUAUCUACCGAGAGAAGUUCUACAGCUUUAUUCACAUGAGCUUCCAAGAGUUUCUUGCAGCUCUGCAUGUUUUUCUAGCUUGUGUUAAGAAGGACAGGAAGACACUGGAGGUACUUCUUGGAAGUGGCACCCAAUGCGAGAACAUGUCCUUGCAAGACCUUCUCAAGCAGGCGGUGGAUAAAACACUCCUAAACACCCAGGGUUCCCUAGACCUUUUCCUCCGUUUCCUCCUUGGCAUUUCUUUGGAAGCCAAUCAGGACCUCCUGCAGGCUUUGCUCAUGCACAGAGAAGACAGCGCAGAGGUUAUUGAGAGCACAUGCAAGUACAUUAAAGGCAUAAAAAGGAAGGACAUCUCCCCGGAAAGGUGCAUCAAUCUUUUCCUUUGCUUGCUUGAGAUGAAUGACAACACACUGCAUUUUGAGAUUCAAGAGUACCUGCAGUCAGAAAAGCGCUCCAUCAAAGAGCUCUCACCAGCUCAGUGCUCCGCUCUGGCGUACAUGCUGCUGAUGUCUGAGGAAGUGCUGGACGAGUUUGACCUGAAGAAAUACAACACGUCAGUGGAAGGUCGGAGGAGACUGAUACCAGCUGUAAAGUGUUGCAGAAACGCAUUGUUAGCAGACUGUGAACUUUCGGAGAAGUCCAUUGACAGUGUGGCCUUGGCACUACAGCUAGCCAACUCACACCUGAGAGAGCUGGAUUUGAGUUAUAAUGAUGCAAAAGCAUCAUUCAGGACAAGAAAUAAAUGUGAAGAUUCCAAUGUAGGGUUCAGUUUGCUUUCAGAUGGUUUGAAGAGUCCAAACUGCAAACUGGAAAUUUUGAGGUUGGUGAGAUGUCACCUUAACAAAGAAAGUUGUGAAGCUUUGUCUGAGGCGCUAAGCUUGAAAUCCACCUGCCUAAAAGAGAUGAACCUUAGUACCAAUGACUUGCAGGAUUUAGGAGUUGAACAGCUCGCAAAAGGACUGAAGAGUUCACACUGUAAACUGGAAAAACUCAUACUUGUUGGAUGCAAUCUUACUAAGGUCAGUGCUGAGACACUAGCCCUAGCUCUCAGCUCAGACUCAACUCUGAGGGAACUGAAUCUGAGUGACAAUGACCUGCAAGAUUCAGGAGUGAAGCUACUUUCAGUAGGAUUGAGAAAUCAACACUGUAAACUGGAAAUACUGAAGUUGUCUGGUUGCAUGAUCACAGAGGAAGGAUGUUAUUCUCUUGCUUCAGCUGUGAAUUCAAGCCAAUCCCACCUGAAAGAUCUGGAUCUAAGCUAUAAUCAUCCAGGAGAAUCAGGGUGGAUGAAGCUUUUGAGCUGUAAACUAAAGAUACUGAACACAGACCAUGGAGGACAGAAACGAAUCAAACCAGGCCUUUCAAAAUAUGCCUGUGAUCUCACACUGGAUCCAAACACCUCAAACACCAAUCUCUUAUUAUCUGAAGACAAAAGGAGGGUCGUACUGCAAAGGCAGAAAGUUGAGUAUCCCGUGCACCGUGAGAGAUUUGAGUUCUGUAAGCAAGUCCUGUGUAAGGAGCCACUGUCUGGACGCCACUACUGGGAGGUGAAGUGGCAGAAGAAAAUGAUCGCCGGGGUGACCUACAAAGAGAUCAACAGGAAAGGACAAGGCGAUGACUGCAGUCUGGGGUUUAACGACAAAUCCUGGAGCCUGGAAUGUGACAACUUCUGCCAAAGUGUCUGCCACAAAAGUAAGAGCACAGUACAGCAGGGCACCACCUCCUCACGAGUGGGAGUGUAUCUGGACUGGCCAGCCGGCACUCUGUCCUUCUACAGCAUCUCUAAACAUCACAAACUGACCCACAUACAUACGUUCCAGUCCACAUUCACCGAGCCGCUCUAUGCAGGCUUUAAACUCGGAGUGCCUCAGUCAUCAGUUAUAUUGUGCAACAUGGAAUGACCUCUACUUUACCUGUAUCUGUAAGAAUGCAGCAUGUACCCCAGCCACCAGCAGAUGGCCUGGACACAGUGUAAGAACUGGUGGAUCUGGACCAAAUAACUCCAAGUUCCAGCAUCCUCAGCAGUAAUCAGCACUGAACACUGAAUGCAUCAGCUAUGAGACAGUAUAAAAUCCUCAUUCAAAUCUCAGUUGUCGCACCUUUGUAGAAGGGUAACCGGUAACAAUGGGUAAACAAGAAAUGACAAAAGACAAAAACAAGAUCUCAAAAAAAGAAAAAAGAAGACCUCAAAAGAAAGCCAA